AUGCAAAAUAUUAAAGUAGUAGUUGUAGGUGAUGGUGCUGUUGGAAAAAGUUGUUUACUUAUAAGUUAUACAACAAAUGCAUUCCCAGGUGAAUAUGUCCCAACUGUAUUUGAUAAUUAUUCAGCAAAUAUUAUGGUUGAAGGAAAACCAUUCAAUGUAGCAUUGUUUGAUACCGCAGGUCAAGAGGAUUACGAUCGUCUACGUCCGUUGUCCUAUCCACAGACCGAUGUAUUCUUUGUGUGUUUCUGUGUAAUCUCAAGAGCAUCGUUUGAAAACGUUAAAUAUAAAUGGAAUGCAGAGUUGGAUCACCAUUGUCCAUCGACUCCAAAGAUUUUGGUCGGUACCAAGUCGGAUCUGCGUGGUAGUGGACGUCCGGAAAUCUCAACAAAGGAGGCACACGACUUGGCCAAAGAACUAGGUUUCAUUGGAUACGUCGAGACCAGUGCUCUCGUGCAGACCAAUUUGACACAGCUCUUCAACCAAGCGAUAAAGUCGGCAGUCAAUGCACCGGCCGCCAAAAAGAAGAAGGGUGAGAAGCCAGUUCCAAUUCCACCUGCCAUGCCACCCGCUGGAAAGGCUCCAUGGAUCAACAUUGUAACAUCGACCUACGAGAAGGAGCUGAAGAGCACUCUUGAACACCAGGGUUUCGCCGAUGUCAAAUUCACAUUCGGCAAUGACAAACCGAUCUUUGCACACCGUGUCAUUCUCUGCUCGGCUUCACAGGUGUUCAGACGUCUGUUCUCCGUCACAUUGAAUACAGAUCACUCACCUUUUGCACCUGAGGAUAUUGAAGCGGGACGUGUCAAGGGAAUCAAGUCGAUGACUGCCACACCAAUGAAACACUACGAGGACGGAUCGAUUUCCAACGGUGAGAUGAUCGAGAUCGAGGUGGAUCCAAAGUUCACAAGACGUAUCUUUUAUCGUUACAUCGAGUUUAUCUAUACUGGUUUGUUGAACUGUGUCGAUCGUACCGACCAAAUCAAGGAAACCAUUGAGAUUGCCGAUGUCUUUGACUGCAAAUACUUGGCAUCGGCCAGCAAGAAUCUCUCCAAUGGCUCAGAGGAUUUGAAUCCAUCGAUCGGUACAUUCUUGAAUGACGAAAUGGGUGAUAAAUGCAAGGAACUCUUCUUUGGAAAGAAGAUAUUCUCGGACAUUCAGUUCCGUGUCGAGGGAAAGACAAUCUACGCUCACAAGGCAUUCAUUUACUCGCGUUCCGCCGUUGUCAAUGCCUACGUGCACGCCACCAAAGACUACGCCGAGAGUCAAGACGCAACUGUUGAACUCCAGGACGUCUCACACGACAACUUCAAAGCGGUUCUGGAAUAUCUCUAUACCGCACACUCGCCCAUUGAGGAAGGUGAUCCAGUCGGAAUCAUGGUGUUGGCCAAUCGUUUUGGAUUGACACGUCUCAUCACACUCUGUGAACUCUACAUCUCAAAGGAGAUUGAAAAGGCAACGACCGUCGGAAUCUUCAAGUCAGAGUUGGAUAUCAUCGGACUCUUGUUGUGUGCCAAGUCACACAAUGCCGAACAACUCACCAAGUUCUGUCUUCACUUUAUCUCUACCAACUACCAACCAAUGAAAAAGAGACCAGAAUUCACCAAACUCGACAAGGACACACAGAAAUAUUUGGAAGAGAACCAAUGGCCACCAGUAUGGUACAUCCAGGCAUGUGGUGAAUAUGAAGAUCAAAUGGCUAAAUUCAAUGGAAAGAAAGAUAAUUGUUCAAUUAUUUAUUUAUUUAGAUAUGCUGUUUGCUACGCAUGA